AUGGCGGGGAAACAACCUGGGGUAUGGAAGACGCCCUUGACUCUCAAUAACGACACCAAUGACUCAAGCUUCCCCGGUCUCCAACCUACUGCGAGUCCGGAGGUCAAUAACAAAAUCGAAUAUGAAGAAUUACAACAGAACGAGAUCCUUGCCCUCGAGGCUAUCUAUGGCGAUGACUUUGUUAUGCAUUCGGGAACCCAAAGUGCCUGGAAGAAAACCGAACCACACUUUGACAUACGGAUAAAGGCAUCUAAGGAUGAAGACUUUGCUUGUACGUUGAGCUUUGUCAUGACUGCCACCUAUCCGAAAUCCCCACCUCUUAUCACCUUGAAGAAGUAUGAUCUUAAGGAAGUCACCCAGUUUAAGAUCCAGAAGUUCUUGGAGACGAAACCGAAGCUCUUCGCGCAUGACGAACAAGAGAUGAUCGAUCAGAUCGUUGAAGGGGUACGGGAUAUUCUCGAGGACGCCGCGCAAGCAAAGGCAGAUGGCAAACACUUACCAUCCCUCGAAGAGGAACGAGAACGCCACGAAACCUACUUGGCCAAGUUAGCGCAGGAGAAGAAGGAAGCAGAAGAACGCAAGAAGAUGGAAGAGACUCAGGAAGAGGAGCGUGUCAUGGCUGAGAUGCUCCAGCAACAAAUCGACCGACAGAAACAAAAGGCCAAGGAGUCGAAGCGCCGUCCGAAUGGCAACUCUCACCAGGAGCUGACCGCCAGUACAGAGACAGAUGAGAUGAUCGAGUUUGAUCAAUUUUGCAACAUCACGGAUAAGUCGGGAAAUACCGUAGUCUUCAAAUCUGUUGCCGGCAGAUGCGAUCCUCGACAAGGGCCUGUGUCUGUCGUUUAUACAGUCAGGCCUGUCUUGUCUAAUGGACAAGGCAGCUUGACCAUGGCACUAAAAGAGACCAUACUGCGCAACACAAGCAAAGACUCGAAGGAAUUCAAAAUUCAACUUCAGAGUCUCGAAUCUCGACUCCAAGAUCUCAAGACUGUGAAGCGAAUUCAUCACCGUCAUCUAGUUGAAGUUUUGGAUUUCAGGGUCCAGGCUGGACUCGCCUCGGAUCCCACUGUUGCAAAUGCAUGGACUAUAAGUGUCCUGUCACCUUUGGCAGAGAAGGGUCCUUUGGAAGAGCUAUUGGAGCUUGCAGGACAAAUUGAAAUUGGCAAGGUGCGCUCUUGGACGCGGGACUUGCUAGAUGCACUCAACUUUCUCCACAACAAGAACAUUGCUCAUCAAGAUAUCCAUCCAGGGAACAUUCUUCUGUUCCGAGAAGCCACAGGUGAAAUCAUUCCUAAAAUCUCCGAUGCCUGGUAUCAGAGAGAAAUCCACUCUAUCAACUCUCACAGGCCAGGGCUUCCUGGAUUGCACACUGCCAAGUCUGCCUACUGGUUGCCUCCAGAGAUUGCCGGCACUUCAAAACCCCAGUACACCUUCAAGACCGAUAUUUGGGACUUUGGUGUCGUGUUCGUCCAGAUGAUAUUUGGCCUUGACGUGCUACGAACGUACUCGUCGCCUAAGAACCUGAUGGAGUCUGUCACCCUCUCUCAUUCUUUACAUGAACUAGUGAGCAGAUUCUUUAAGGAAGACAAACAAAAGAGGCCUAGAGCCUUUGAGCUUGGAUCCAGCGAGUUCCUGGCCACGGACGCACCAGUUCUCUUCGAUGACACAUCCGCUAUCCUGUCAAGUAGCCCUGCGACUUCCUUUCAGCCCAUUCCAAAAUUUAGGCGCGAUUCAACCACCCACCGAGGACCUUCUCUGUCAAGAUACACUGAAGACUUUGUCGAAGAAGGCAGACUAGGAAAGGGGGGUUUCGGAGAGGUUGUCAAAGCAAGGAAGAAGCUUGAUGGCCAGAUCUAUGCCAUUAAGAAGAUCACGCAGCGGUCGCAGGCCAGUCUUACAGAAAUUUUAAAGGAGGUUCGAUUGCUGUCCCAACUUAGCCAUCCUGCGGUUGUUCGAUACUACAACACGUGGGUCGAGGAGAUUUCUGACCAGGGUGAUACUGAGGACGAUACUUCAACCGACUGCUUUACAGAGGAGAACACCCAAGGCACUGAGUCUGCCGGAAUUGAUAUCCAGUUCGCCACUAGUACAGGAGGUCUCGAUUUCAUAUCAUCCAACGCAGGUGUGGAUUAUGGGUUCGAAGAAUCAGAUGAAGAUGAAGACGAAGACGAUUCCGAAGAAGAGGACACAUCAGACUCCGACGAUGAGUCACUGGAUGAGAUGUCUAUCCAUCGAGUUGUAUCUCCAGACAAGGAAAGAAAUGUCAUGUUUCAGCGACGUGCUCGUUAUCAACGUUCUUACAGAACAAUACUCUAUAUUUCCAUGGAGUAUUGUGAAAAGCGAACUCUUAGGGAUCUUAUCGCCAGGAACCUUUACAAGAAUACGGCCGAGAUCUGGAGACUUUUCCGUCAGGUCCUCGAGGGCUUAGCUCAUAUUCAUGGAUUGAGCAUCGUUCACCGAGACCUCAAGCCGGAAAAUGUCUUCAUCAGCAGCAGCUCGGAUGGAAUUGACAACGUCAAGAUUGGCGAUUUUGGACUUGCCACCAGCGGACAGUUCUCGGUAGAGAAGGCCACCACAGGAAACACCUUGGAGACAGACGAUAUGACGAGAAGUAUCGGCACAGCCUAUUACUCGGCGCCUGAGGUGAGGUCGACAGUGAACGGUAUAUACAGUACAAAAGUCGAUAUGUAUUCUCUGGGGAUUAUUUUUUUUGAAAUGUGCUAUCUACCUAUAAUGGGCAUGCAAAAAGCCGACGUUCUAGGUCAGCUUAGGCGGCCGCAACCAGUAUUACCAUCAGACUUUAAGCCCGCGGAGAAAGCUCAGACUGACAUUGUGUUGUCUCUUGUCAACCACAAUCCGAAAGAAAGGCCAUCGAGUACAGAUCUCCUGAAGAGCGGGAAGCUGCCGGUUCAGAUGGAGAGUGAGACUAUCAGACGCACUCUUGCAGGACUCGCAGACCCCAGCUCGCCCUACUAUCGCAAGAUGCUUUCGACCCUCUUUGCAAAACGAAUGGAACCUGCCAAGAACUAUGCCUGGGACAUGUCUUCCGCAAAUAUGAGUCCUCAGGAGUUACUCAACCAGGGUUUAGUGAAACAAGAACUGGUGUCAAUCUUCCGCCGCCAUGGCGCUUUGGAAACCCCUCGUGGCAUCAUUUAUCCAAAAUCCACCCAUUAUGGCGAUAAUGCUGUUCAACUUUUGGAUCCCAAUGGCAACGUGCUCCAACUUCCCUACGAUCUGACUCUUGGAAAUGCAAGAAUAAUGGCCAAGCAAACCAACGGACCGGUCGUUCAACGAACAUUCACAUUUGGCAACGUAUUCCGUGACAAGCAGGACAUGGGACAGCCGCUUAUGUUUGGAGAAGUCGAUUUUGAUAUUGUCACUAAAGACACGCUGGAUCUCGCCCUGAAGGAAGCAGAAGUUCUCAAGGUGAUUGAUGAGAUCAUUCACACAUUCCCUUCGUUGUCUACAACAGCUAUGUGUUUUCAUCUUGGACACUCGGAUCUUUUGCAUCUUAUUUUUGAGCAUUGCGGAAUUGAGCCUGCCAGUCGGAGUGGAGCGGCAGAUGUCUUAAGCAAGCUGAACAUUCACAAUUACACAUGGCAGAAAAUUAGAAUUGAGCUGCGGUCGCCAACUGUGGGUGUUUCAGCUACAAGCGUGGACGAACUUCAAAAGUUUGAUUUUAGAGACACACCGAACAAAACCUUUGCCAAGCUCAAGACCCUCUUUGAGGGAAGUGAUAUGUAUCAGCGAGCUUCGCCAACUAUCGCUCAUCUCAAAGAAGUUGUAGAGUAUUGUAAGCACUUGAGUGUAGGGACAAAGGUCUACAUCAAUCCUCUCAACAGUCUGAAGGAGGCCUUUUACACAGGGGGCGUUCUUUUCUCCUGCCUCUAUGACAAGAAGGUCAAGGAUGUUUUUGCUGCCGGUGGCAGAUACGAUCAAUUGAUCAAGGAACAUCGACCUAAAGUUGGCAGCCAGUUUGGAGAGCGUCACGCUGUUGGAUUCAGUUUGGCGUGGGAGCGGUUAGCAAAAACCCCAAAAGCUGGUGGACGUUCGUUCUUGAAGAAGGCUGAAGAUGAAUCAAAUGGUCUAUUCAACGCUCGACGAUGUGACUGUCUUGUUGCCAGUUUCGAUGCUGCUGUGCUGAGAUCGUCAGGUGUUGAGAUACUCCAGACUCUUUGGGCGCACGACAUUAGCGCUGAGAUGGCGAAAGACGCCAGGUCACCCGAGGAUUUAAUGUCGAAGCACCGCGAUGAAACGUAUUCUUGGAUCAUCAUCAUCAAACAGGACUCUAUCUUGAAGAUCAAGAGCAUGGGGCGAAAGGAUGUACCGGAUGCGGAUAUACCGACGACACAAUUGCUUGCCUGGCUUCGUAACGAGAUUCGAGAACGCGAUUCAAGGUCGGUAGUGAAGCUCCGCGGCAACAGUACCGCGGACUCCAGCUCGGGUGAUAAAGAAUCCGAGCAGGAAGUCCGUGUAUUGGUGGCACAAACGCGGAGCAAAAAGUUCAACCGCAGAACGGUUGUGGAACAAGCGCAAGUCAGUGCGAGCAGCCUGGUGCGAUCUUUCCUCGAAGGGCCGGUCUUGGCUAUUGAGACAACAGAUCAGGUUAUGGACCUGAUGCGCGAGACAUGUCUCUCGGAACCCGAUGGCUGGCGACAGGUUGAACACUCAGUUACGACUACGGAGAAGAAGUACAUACGGGAGAUUCAUGACCAGUUGGACACCUGGCGAUACACGUAUGAAAAGAAGAACGGGUCACGGCACGCGUUCCUCUAUAACUUUCGCUCAGGCAACUGUGUAUACUACGACCUAGGUGCGUGA